UCCCUCCCUGAGAGACUGACAGCUCGGUCGCUGCUGCUGCUCACCGGCAAUGAUACAGCAAACACGGGCCCGGUAAGACACCUGGAGAUGGACUUAGGGGACACUUUGCAUUACUUAGACUCUGCUGUGUGUUGACUACUACUCCUCUGCAGGCUCUGCUCUUUGUUUCGGGGAUAAAAAAGACACCCAAAAUGUGUGAAUGAUGAAUCCACGCCACGACUGAUUUCCUGCGACCCGACCUAGCUUAUCGAGCUAACAAAGCUAGCAUCUGUGCACAGCGCCUCUCUCUGCUCUCUGUUGACACUUUGACGGUAAACAUGCACCACCAGGACUUUUCUGCAGAGCCGCCCGGAGGUAGGAAGACUGCUUUCCACUACAGGAGAGGCAGCAGUGGCUCCUCCACCACCACCACCACCUCCACCUCCACCACCAACCCUGUGGAUGACAAUCCCACCCAGGCUGGAUGCAGCUCUCCUGGACUCCUGCAGCAGCACCAGGUGGCUGGUGCUCAGGUGAAGAAGAAGAGUGGCUUUCAGAUCACUAGUGUCACCUCAGCUCAGAUCAACGUGAGUGGCAACAACAGUUUAGCAGAUGACACAGAGAGCUAUGACGACAUGGAUGAGUCACACACAGAGGACCUGUCCUCCUCUGACAUGCUGGAUGUGUCGGUGUCCAGGGCCACGGAUACAGGCGUGCCGGAGCGCAGCUCUUCUGAUGAGACCCUGAACAGCCUCCAUGGGGUCGACACACCUGGAAUUGUGUCACCGAAUGAGCCUCUGCACCCUCAGUCCAUCCCGCUGGGGGCUCAGCAGCAAGCCUCCAUGGUAAAUGGGACCAUGAAUCAUCCUUAUUACCCUCAGCAGCAUCACUCUGAUGGCUUGGGUGGAGGUGAGCAGUCAGUGCCGGGCCUUCCCAUUGCUCCUGUGGCUAGCUCCAGCCCAUCCGUGGCUUCAAAAGCCGGUCCCGGGCAGCCGCAGAGGCCAUCGGUGUUGGAUAACAGUAACCCCGCGGGUGGGACAACCCAGUCGUUAGCCCCUAUUGUUGGUGGGACAGCCACUGAUCCACAGCAACAAGGAAAUGUGAGCGUUUCUAAUGUGUCUGCUGUCAAUGUCGCUGCAGUUCCUCCUUCUGGGCCCGCAGGUUUUGACAACACUAGUGUGAGUGGGCACGCAGCUUCUGUCGGAGGAGGAACAGCCCCGCCUGCUGCUCCCCACAACACUCAAACCCAGCACACACAGACUCAGACGGCUACUGGCUCUCGUUUUAGGGUGGUCAAACUAGACACUAACUCUGAGCCGUUCCGCAAAGGAAGAUGGACAUGUACAGAGUAUUAUGAAAAGGAGGUUCCACAUCAAACUACAUCAGAGCCACCAAAAGGUGUAGAGAUGGCUGUUGAGACUGAAACAAGUAAUGCUCUGAUUAGUCAGGGCAUACCUGCUGUACAGCCACCACACACGCUUCAGGCCUACCAGCAGCCGAGCCAGGACUUCACUAGUCCACAAGCCAUGCAGAGCCCACCACAGGGACUGGCCCAGACCGCUCCUCUGACCUAUGUUUCACCCCAGGAGGUUGGUGGUGGGGCCCACAUGCAGCAACCAGUGGCUCCUGUCACGCUCCCUACAGCAACACCACAGGUCGGUGUAAAUCAGCCUCCCCCUGUUAUACCCCAGCAGUUGCCAUACACUGUGGAUCCCCACCAAGCUCAAGCCCAGGGAGGUUACCCUGCAUCUCAUUUCCAUGCAGGGGUCAUAGCCCCGGGAAAUGUCCGCCAGCCAGACUUUAUCCAGCCCACUGCUCCCUUCCAGACCCAGGUCCAGCCUCCAAUGCCGCACAUUACGACAGGACUCUCCAUAUCACCAGUUCCAGGGGUCCCGGCACAGCCACCGAUCAGCUUUACUCAGCAGCUGCACCAUCAGGGUCUGGCAGCCCCACAUGCCCAGGCACCUUUUGCAGGACAGCCACAGGCCAUCCCAACUCAACCUCAGCAACAAGUCCAGCGCCCCUCCGCUGCUACAAUCCCAGCAGGGCUCGCACAUUCGACCCACUACAUGCCUUUGACUACCCUGCAGGCUGACCUCCAGCCUCUCCUCAGCCUGGGUGCGACCCUCACUCAGGUCCCUGGAGGAGGGAGCUCCAUAAGAACAUCCCAGCUGGAGGAUGCCCAUAAGCUUCUGUUCCAGCACCAAGGCCUGCUGGGCUUGCCAAGGCUAGGGAUGACCGCAGGUGGAGAGGGGGCCGCAGAGGCCGGCGGUGCUGUUGGAACACUGGCCCACAUGGGGAUGUCCGCCGAGGCCAGUGCCUUCAUGGUCGCUGCCGCUGCAGGCCUCCGGACUCAUCAUGCCGAAGGAGAUGAAGACAGCUCUUCCGGUGCAAGUGUGGUUGCAAUCGACAACAAGAUUGAACAGGCAAUGGACCUGGUGAAGAGCCACCUGAUGUACGCCGUGCGCGAGGAGGUGGAGGUGUUGAAGGAGCAGAUCAAAGAGCUGAUCGAGCGCAACGCACUGCUGGAGCAGGAGAACAACCUGCUCAAGAACCUGGCCAGCCCCGAGCAGAUGGCUCAGUUCCAGGCGCAGGUCCAGACCGGCGGAACCCCGACUGGCACCGCCCAGCCUCUGGUCCCGGUCCCGGUCCCAGCCGGGACUACACAAGUCCUCCCUUCCACACAGAGCUCCGGCACGUCUGCGUAACACAGAAACUGCACUCUGGGGAGAGCCCCCUGAGGAUGAGAGGAAGGGAGGAUGGAAGGAGGAGGAAGGAGGAAGGAGUCUUGCCAUACUGUGAACCGACUCUAGCAUCAAGACCGACUAUGCCACCGUCUCGGGGAGCGCACACUUUCAACCGGAGGACGGAUUUUUCUUUUGUUGCACAUUUAAUUUAACUGAAAGACUUUGGAGUUGCACCGACGUGCGUGUGUGCGUGUGUGUGUGUGUGUGUGUGUGUAACUACCUGCUUCAGACAAUCGUUGUCUUCAUCAUGGUGGUGAUGAGGGAGAGGACAGAGCUGACAGGAAGUGACAGUCGACCCUUGCAGCCGCCGUUGCCACCAUCGCCCGGCGGAGGAAGGAGCUGAACGCAGGGCACUGGAGUACGCUGCUUGCUCUUGUCAGUGCCGUCGAACCCCCUCGCUGUGUGACCCGUGGGAAGUGUGCCAUCUUCUUCGCACCCCCACUCCCCUUCUCAACCCAGCACUGUCCAUCAGCACACACACAAGACAUUUUGAACUCAUCUUGUUUCAUUUUGUGGUGCUGCGGUCCAUGCACUUUUUUUUUUUUUUUUCAAAAACAGCUGACGAAACAGAAAUAUUCGGACGACCCAUCUGGAAUGGGAGUCAAAGAGUCCAGCUCACAUUUUUCUUCAUGUGAAGACGAUGACGAGUCGUCUUGAUGUUCUGGGUUGAGACGUGCUUAUAAAGAAUUAUGAAAUAUAUAUAUUAGCUGCGCCUCGUCGUUCACUUUGAGAACUCUUUGUUCUCUCGGAGGUUCUCGUCGCCGUCCCCACCCUCAACGCACCCUCCCCGCACCCUCCCCGUUCUUGGAUGGAGCAUUAAACAUUUAUGCAGGGAAUCAAAGUUUCUUUUUUUCUGGGGAAAAGGUUUGUUUUUGUCUGUUUUAUGUUUCCGCUCUUGUUGAUGUAAUUAAUGUCCACGUGAUGUGUAAAAAUAAUUGAUGGAGAGGAAAAAUAAGUAGGACAUGACUGUUUCUAGGUAGUUAAUUUUGUACAGAUUUAAAAAAAAAAAAAAUCCAAUUAAACUCUGCCAAGUGCCUGGUUUCUAACCAUAGAUACAUAUAUACAAGCUUUUUUAGUUGUUUUAUUGAAAAUAUGUAAAUAUAUGUACAUAUAUAUAUAUCUAUGGUUUUGCCAGGUUUUGAACUACCUGUGAUGUCAUUUCUCAGGGUGGCAAGACUCGAGGAUUAUUUACCUCGACACCAAGAUGCUGUCCCUCCUGCAGUGGCACACGGCCUCGUACUGUAUGUGAACUCUCCGCUGCCGUCGCUUAACUUAAUCAAACUAUCUGGACUGUUUUACCGGUUGGGGACGUGUGAUAAUGUUAUUUUUUUUCAUUUCAUGAAUGACGAUGGUUUCUUUUUUUUGUUGUUCUUUUGUACAGCCAAGUGUUUUUGAGUUGCUCGUUGUGCAACUGGAGCGCUGAACACAAUAAUGAGACACUUGGCAUAAGAAAAGAAAGGAAAGGAAAAUGCCUAGCAGAAGUAUGUUGAUGUUUUGUGCAUGUUCCUCAGCCCAUCACAAAUGUGACGUUACAAUUGCACUAGACAGUUGCACCUCAAAUAAAAAAUG